GAGAUUUUGUUGGAUUAUCACAAGAGAGAGAGGAAGGAGGAGGAGGAUGGUCUCUAUGAGUUUUGUAAUAGAUGAACAUCGUUUGCAGACUUGUUUACAAAAGUCUACACAUCGUAAAUAUGAAGAGAAAGUUUUUUGUUUGCGCUUUAUGCAAAUCAAGUGUUCCAUUCCCCGUUCUUUACCGAGCUUUUCUAUGGAAAGUGGAAGGACUUGGAUGCAGUUUGAGAGACCGAGAAACUCGCUUCAACUAGGAUUAUCCAAUGCUUGUGGAAAUAAAGGAGAUAUCGCGAUCGUUUGGCUUCGAAGAGAGUUGAGGUUGCACGAUAACAUUGCUUUGGUGGAGGCUGUCAAGAGCUAUCGAAGGAUUCUUCCGUUGUUUAUCCACGAAAGUGUCUCGAUGACUCACCAGAAGAGAAAGGAUGAAGAUAGAGGAAGUUGUUUGUUAUCAGAAGACUUGUUAUAUGAAGACCUAAGCCAAGAACAUGAUUUGUUAGAAAUGUGUUUGAAAGACUUGAGAAAACAAUUUCGACAGUUAGGUAGCGAUUUGUUGGUCAUAGUAUCCAAUAAUGCGGUGGAAAGUUUAUUGGAGUUGAUAAGAAGCACAAGAGCGCAAGGUUUAUAUUUCUAUAAUAGUAUCUUUGCAAAGGAACGGAAACAGGAACUGGAACUGAAGCAGCGACUUGAUUCUAACACUAGUGUAAAUAUUUAUACGUUUUGGACCAACACGCUUCAUCCAUUUGACAAACUAAUCUCCAAAAGUACUCUACAUUUGGAGGAUUGUGAUCAGUUCGGUCAAUAUAUUCAUAACUGGGAAGUACCUAAAGAUAUUCCAUCACCCGAAUAUCUCAAACCAUUUCCUUAUGAUAGAUUGGAUGACAGCAAGUACAAACUAGAUUUUGAUAUUAUUUCAAGUUGCAAUCAAGAGCUUAAACAAAAGUCCCAUGUUUUAGCUGUCUCGGAAAGGGAAGCACUCAGUCGUUUGACCGAGUUUGUUUCAUCCCAGACUUGUGGAUGGAUUCAACAUUACCCUGAUGAAGCAAUGAUAGAUACUAAAUAUGGAAGAAUGAAUCCUUAUCUUUCUCUUGGUUGUAUUUCUAUGCGGACUAUUUUUCGUCGAGUAGUGGAUAAUAUUCCUCAUUCUUUGCGUCGGUAUUGUGUCGAAAUGGACUUGAUAUUUCGAGAGUUUCUCAUGUUUCGUUAUUUCCAAACUUCCAAUUUGGAAUUUGUGUCUUGAUAUUAAAAUUAUGAAGAGUUUGGAAUCUACUUUGAAAACUUUUGUCAGGAAUGAAUGAAUGAAUGAAUGAAUGGCUAUCACC